AUGCUGGCUAAAAGGACCACACGUGCAAAACAUCCCAACGAGGAUGCUAAGCAGAUGAUGAGAUCGAGAAUGGGAAGUCCCUUCAUCGGGCAACCAUCGCAGGAGCAGGACAUUAAUAUGGUAAGAGAACAAAAUGCCAUUUCCAUAAUUGCGCAGAAUGAUGGCGAAGAUGUGAGCAACUCGCUGCCUCUGAUGCUGGGACCUCUGGAGCAAAACAGAGAGCAGUUGAUCUCCGAGCAUAUGCAGGCGUGCUUGGUCUCGGCCUCAUCCUCCGCAGCCUCGAGCCUGCUCUCGAGACCCAGGGCAGCAGUCCUCAUCCUCGCAACGGUCGCCGCUGCAUGUGCUGGCUAUUACUUCUUCGAAGUAGACUAUGGCGAUGCCGACGAUGCCGAAGUUCAACAAGGCGCCGGCCUUCAUCGAAGCAAUGCCGUCUACCGCCGCCGAAGACGGAACACGGGCGCGAACCCAGACGACGGCUCCUCGUCUACAUUCGUAGACGACCAAGUUGAGAACGAUGGAGAAGGACAUAUCGUUGCAAGGACACUGACGGAUGGGGAGACGGUGGUGGAUGACCAGGGAUUUCAGGAGGAAUACGGAUGGGGGAACCUCCCGCAGUCAUACCAGCGCAAUGGCCAAAAUGUCGUCCAGCUACUAUUUCGAGUCUCGGAAGAUGCUACGAGACGGAAUGCAUAUGUUCAUAGGGGAUGUGCGUGCAAUAGCUGUGGAGUGGUUCCCAUCAGGGGCGUGAGAUAUCGAUGUGCGAACUGCGCAGACUACGACCUGUGUGAAACCUGCGAAUCACAAGGUCUACAUAUUAAGACACAUAUCUUUUACAAGAUCAAAGUACCAGCGCCGUCGUUUAGACCAAGACAUAUCCAGCCCGUGUGGUAUUCGGGGGAUCCGGAUAACGUGGUGAGGGUUCUGCCCAAGGAAAUUACCACAAAGCUCUCACGAGAGACUGGAUUCGAGAGGCCGGAGCUGGACGCAUAUUGGGAGCAAUGGACGUUUAUGGCGAAUACAGAUUGGAGAGAUGACCCGGAUGAUAUCAAUUUGGCGAUGGACCGGAAGACGUUCGAGCGUUGUUUGGUCCCGUCAGGAGGAUACAGACACGCGGCUCCCAGCCUGAUAUUCGACAGAAUGUUUGCAUUCUACGAUACGAACAAGGACGAUCUCAUUGGCUUCCCAGAAUUCCUCCAUGCAAUCGCGUAUCGAAAGAAGAAAGACAAAUGGAACAGAAUAUUCGAGGGGUAUGAUAUUGAUGGGGAUGGCUACGUUGACAGGAAAGAUUUCCUCCGGAUGUUCCGCUCCUACUAUGUUCUCUAUCGACAGAUGCAUAGAGACAUGUUGGAAGGAAUAGAAGAGCAGCAGAUGAGCAGUACGGAUGUGCACAAACUCGUCAACAGCCGGCAGCCUCUCAGUAGUGCCUUUGGACAGGACGGAAGAUAUCCCGGUGCACCAGAACAUCGCAUUCGAGAAGGGAAACUUGCUGCAGCCAAUGGCGAAGUGGAAAUCGUUGAUGGAAAAGGAGUAAUGAAUGAAAGUAGUAAUGAUACAGGAAAUCGGGAAGAUGUUUUCAGGAGAGACGCUCCUCGGAUGAGUAGGAGCCAUUGGGACAGAGAUAGGCAUCGGAAUAGCACCGGUUAUUGGGACGCGAUGCUAAACCCUCCGGAGACUGUGGAGCAGAUGCCAGAGGUUCUCAGGAAUCUUCAGAGGGUCAGAAGUAUCGUUUCUGACCGGUUACCGAAUGAUCGCCGUGACUCAAAUGCCCAUCCAGCGCUCAGGGCCGCACGGAAUAUGGACGAUAGUGACGAAACAUCUAGCGAGGAAUCUGAUGGAGAAUCUCAAUCAGGGCCAGAAUCUGAUCAUACUUGGCCCCCAAACUUUGUCACAAUCAGAGAUGAAGAUGCUGAAGCAAUCGAGGGCCCUGGCGCUCGCGUGGAAGAUGUCAGAAAAUCGAAUCGGCGAGCGGUAACCUCUGUUGCUGUUUACAGAGAACGUGCACAACGAGAAGUCUAUGAUCGAUGGCAAAGACGACAUUUUUACACGGAUGAAGAAGAUGGUGCAGUACCUCCGGCUGACUGGAAAGAAGACGAUGAUAUUUUAGCCCAUACUGGUAUUGCUGGUGAAAGCUCAAAGUCAUCGCGACCGACUAUUCAUUCAAGGUCGUCAUCAAAAGUUCGAUUCGCAGAGGAUAUGGACGAUUUCGAUACUCGGUCAAAUCCUUCCACUUCUUCGAGAAGCGUUCCUGAGCGAUGGGGCGGCAUGGAAAUCCCAGAUGCUGAGAAAGAUGCUGGAAAGGAGAUCCUGUACCAAGUUACGCAACAAGCUUUCAACGAGCUGCUAGAUCUUCUUUUCCAGGAGAAGGAAGAUCUAGCUGUGGAAGCAGCGGCACUCAAGACGGAUCGUGAAAAGUAUAAACAUUUACUCGCAGAGCCUGCUUUCGUGCAAUGGGCAUUGAAAAAGCAACUUGAAGAGACGAAGACGACAGAAACGGUCUCUCCUCCUGCAGAUGCUUUCACUACGCCUGUAUGGACCAGUUUUCCCGAAGUAGAAGUUGAGCAAGUUCGAGAACGGCCGUUAGAGGAGCUCCUCGCUGCUUCAGGAUACGAGGUUGCCACUGAUGCAAAUAUUUCCGAGCUCGAGGCUGCACCAAGAUCACCCCGGCAUGCACGAGAAGAACCUCGAGUUCCCAUCAGCGAGGGAUCUGGAAGUCAGGAAGUCCCCGGAUCUGCACCUCAUGUCCAAUCCCCAACAUCACCGGCCGAAGCGCUCUCUAUCAUCGCUCCUUACGACGACGAUCGCGAUCCAACAUCCCCACAAUCUACUCCUCCCCAGGCUACACCCCCAACCUCAAGUCCGGACUCACCAACCCCUUCCUGCCGCGACCCGACACUCCCUCAAUUCCGCCCAAACUCUGCCCCCGAAUCACUCGAGUGGAUUCGACCCGUUGGAUUCCUGCCCCUCACCCGCGAGGAACGAGAAGCUCGGAACCUCACCUUCUCCGACCCUGAGCCUUCGGAGCGCGGCUCACCUCCAUCUUCACCUACAACUGCGCCUAAACUGACGCCUACACUGACGGCAAGAAUGCACGCAGGAGGCCUGCAAGAGGAUAAGCCACCAACUCAAGAGAAGUUGUAUAGGCUUUGGGAGUUGGAGGUUGCUUCGAAGCAGGCGGAGGCAAUGGGCGGCUGGGGAAGACUGGAUCUCAAGGAGUUUGAGAAGAAGGUUAAGCAGCUAGUCAGUGAGGGGAAGGGAAACCAGAUGGAUUAUUUGGGGAGCUGGAUUGAGUUCUGUAUUCCGUAA